ACCUCGGCAGCUCCGAGCUCUUCUUUCCCAAGUUUUAAACUUAAUAAGGAAACUAAUAUUUCUCUUAAACGACAUACUUGGCACACUUUAAUGUUUGUCUAAACAGUGAACAACUUAUUGACUGCGCGCUCAAGAAAUCAGUGAAGUUUUUUUUUUUCUUUUACAUUUUACGGCUCUCGAAAGGAUUCCGGAUCUUGAAAUAGUUUGUUUUUUUGUACUUCCACUUGGAAGUUGAGGAAAAUAUUUUUUGAAGGGUACUGGAGCGGCGAACAGGUUGAGCUGAUGACUAGUUAGCCGUGUAAGGAACAUCGAACGGAUUGGUCGAUUUGCACAAACCACACGUGAUUGUGAGAUUUGCUGUUAAUACAUUUCGCAUCUUUUAACCUUGUUUUUUUUCUCAAGACGUCAGGUCAAGAAUGUAAUGUAAAUGCAACGGACUGACGGAUCAAACAUUUCAAAGCUGUUAAAAAGUUCUGGUUGUUGCCCAUACCAGAUGGUUAUUGCAGCGCAGCCCGUGUGAGAUCAAUCUCUUUGGUGCAGCUGUACUGUAUACUCUUCGGAAUUGCGCUUAACCCUGGGGGAGAACUUCUCUAUUAGUUAUUAGACUGCGACAUUUUACCUUAUUUCUUCGUUUGACGAGAACGAAGCUUCCUACUGGGUUUCUUCCAACUCAGUUUUGAUGGAAUUACCGCUCGUUGAAGUUUUGCAUUGUCGAGACAAGGGAAUUUGACUGGGGAAACCUGCAGCAACCUGUUGACUCUUGGAUUCGUUUAACACGCGGUGGAUAAACAUAAUCUGCGUCCGAAAUGUAUUUACGAAUAAACGAAGUCUUGCUAAGACAGUCUUACUUAUUAUAACUCUUGGAGAUCAGGUUUAAAGAAAAGUUAUAAACGUGUUGACAAGAAUAAAUGUGGGUUGACUGACUUCUUGAGCGGAAUAGUGAUCAAAGAGCACUAUGUCAAUCUGUACUCUCUAACAAGACCGACGGAAUCUACUGCACACCAGCCUGCGUGUCUUUUGAAGGGAGGAAUCAAUGCACACCUUAAAAGCCAAGCUUCUAAUAAAUGCCUUUAUGUUUUCACAUGCAUGCAGUCUAUGGUUGGCCUCUCCUCUAAGCGAUACAGGCUAACCUGCACAUUAUUUCCAUUUGAUCUUAAACUAACGUUUUCCCUCUCAUACCAAAACGCUUAUAAUAAGCAGUGAUAUGACUUUUAUAAAACAAGGCUAUUUUACUAUGUCUUUUAGCUCUUUAGGGAUGACACUCAUGGCUGUUGCAAGAGCAGUUUUAAUGUGGAGAGAACUUCUCUGAAACGUGCGUGUGUGUGUGUGUGUGUGUCCUCACUCAAAGCAUGCUUCGUGAAACAGUUGACUUCUCAUGAACACGAGUACUUGGCAGUUGCAACCUCUGUGAAAGCAACCUGAUUUACAUUCACUAGAAAAAGAAGACUUUUUCGAAAGGAAAAAGGGGGAAAAACUCCUUAGUUUUCUCGACGCAGGUCGACCACUUUGCAGUGCAUGAUGUCUCGCUGGAGCCCGCCAGUACAAUGACAGUUUUCCAGAGGAGAUUGGCCGGGCUUUGGCCGUGGCUGCUCAUGGCGGCCUUGCAGGUGGUCUUUGGCCAAACGGGCCUGGAAUUGGCAGCGGCGGUGGAAUCGGAGAGAUCCGCACCCAGGGCCGUCAUCAAGGUGACCCUCCUCAGACAGGAGCCCACCAGCAAACCCAUCACCCUGGAGGGGGUGUUUGUCGGAGGGAGUGCGGGUUAUGCCGAGGGGAAACUCAUGCAGUCUCACCCACUGUCAUUGUGUAACACCAGUGAGGACGAGAGACAGGACAGUAUCUUCAUCACCAUUGUGAAACUGGAGAGUCCAGGGAACAAAGUACCCCAGUGCCAACCCCUGCUGGACAAGGCUCGGCUGGCUCUGCAGAGAGGAGCUGAGGCAAUCAUCUUUGAUGUCUCUGAUGAUGCCACAGCUGCUCAUCAGCUGCGGGAAGCCUUCUCUCUGCCCAAGCCAGUGGUCCUGGUGGAGGGUGCCAAUGCUGAGGAACUCAUGGGCCUGGUCAACAAGAAUGAGGAGGCUAUUGUGCACAUUGAUAUCAUGAUGGAGUCACCCAAAUGGCCUCCCUAUGAUGUAGGGAUCCUGUUGACGGUGGUGUUGGCUGUUCUGGCCAUAGUCAUGAUCUUUGCCUUCCGGUUCCGCUGCAGGUCAAACAGAACCUGGGAUUCAGUUCACCAGCAGACUAUGCGCGCCAUCAGCCGGCUGGAGACCAGGACGUACAGCUCUCAAGGCUGCUCGGGGUCACAGCGGUCCCGUGGCGGGGGUCAGGGAUCUGCCAGCAGCUCCAACUCCAGUCCUGUCUGUGCCAUCUGCCUGGAGGAGUUCCUGGAUGGACAGGACCUGAGGAUCAUUUCCUGUGCUCAUGAGUUCCAUAAGGAGUGUGUGGACCCCUGGCUACUGCAGCAUCGCACCUGUCCUCUCUGCAUGCACAACAUAAUGGGGGCGGAGCUGACCUCGCGGCAGCCUCAGAGAAAUCGUCUGCCUCCUCCACCCGAGCACAGUCAGGCAUUCCUACACCCUCACCACUACCCGGUCAGCCAUGCCUACUCUCAGCAUCCCAUCCCUUUCUCCAUGCGGCCCCAUUACCCAAGAAGCCCUUCUGGGCCUUACCCUCAGCUGGGCAACUACAGUGGAUCCUCUUCCAUUCAACCUCAUACCCUCCGCUGCCUUCCCAGUAGGUCUGGCUGCGGAUACCACCUUGCCCCAGAUGGGCAUCACAACCGGACUCACCGGGCAAGCGGUGGGCAUGGUUGCCGGAGCACCGGACACUUGGGUGCCUCUCAUUAUCCUGCCCGUCGUGCCUGUCGUGGAUACCGUUGCCCCGCUACGCGCAGUGCCUCGAGUUCCCGUCUACACCACUCUACCUCCGCAAACCCUGCUUCCCUGCAGGCUGCCCGCGCUGGCGGGGGCUCGCACGGUCGCCAGGAAGAUGGCAGCUGCUCCGGGGGGAGUUACCGGACGGAGCGGAGCGGAUAUCUAGCGGAUGGGCCGGCAAGCGACUCAAGCUCAGGGCCUUGUCACGGUUCGUCCAGCGACUCUGUCCUGAACUGCACGGACGUGAGUCUGCAAGGCGUCUACGGCAGCUGUUCCACCUUCCGCAGUUCCCUCAGCAGUGACUACGAUCCGUUUGUGUACUGUGGGCCUGGCAGGCCUCUUCGUAGGGACAGUCUGGAGGCUACUGCCAGACCUCGAUCGUUAGACUCGGUCAUGAACCGCGUUGCAGGGGGAGGUGUGGGUGGAACUAUAGGUGGAGCUGUGUGCCCUGAGGAGCAGCAGCAACCUCCAGUGUUCAGUCACGUCCACUAUCACAGUCACCGGCACCAUUACUACGAUGAGGGGGAGCACAGUCAGGGGCCAGGCCGUGGGUCUGAUGAGGAGCAGGUGCCUGGAGCAGCCUCUGGCUCCGCCCCGGCUGUGGAUAAAGACUCACCGGGGUGCCAGCUAAAUCACAGCUCCUGCCACUGCCCCAAAACAGAGCCCUUGGACAGGGCAAGUCAGAGUGGAACUGAGGGGCAGGACAAGGACACGGACGCCCCCCCACAUCCUGCCCUCCGCUCAUCCACGCCUUGCUGCCAUCAAGGCCCCGGCAGGCCGCACCGGCGAAAAGUGGGCACCUGCAGCCUGGAAGGUUCUGUGGCCCCGCCGUCUGUGCACUUCCAUCAGAACCUGGACCUACAGGACGACUGUAGCAUCCACAUCCACUACGGGCAGAGCUCAGGGGGCUACUGCUGCCAGCCUCCGGACAUGGCGCCCACCCUGCUGCCUGUACCCCUUAUCCUUGACUCUGGGGGUAUGGGGGACUGGCCUUGUUGUGGUGGCCCACACAUAGUGUGGCAAAGGCGGGUCCAGCAGGCCCACUCUGAGCCUCAGCUCCUGGGCCCUGGUUCCCCAUUGGACAGGCCACUGUGCAGGGCCCAUCACAGCCCAGGACAUGAACUUCCCAUGGAUGUCUGUCUUUACUGUCAAAGCUUACACAACAAUCAGGGAUCAGAAGAGGAGUCUGGUCUGUAAGAACUCUCUCCAUCCCCAACCUCACGCUGCUACAAGAGAGCCGAAAUGGACAAACUCAUCUCCCUGUCUUUCUCUCUCUGUUUCACUGCCUUCAGUCACAAUGUCUUCCAAAUAAUUCCACCUCUUCAUUCAGACUACAUUUCCCAGAAUGCCCCAGUCCCCACAAUUCAGCUUUACCAGAGGUCUUCUGAAGAGCUCUAAAUGGAUGAUAAACUAUGUGUUUCUAUUUAUAGCACUAUUAAUGUAGUUGUUCUUAAGUAUAAAGAAUUAUGUUCUUAAGAAUAUAAUUUGUAUGUGAUGCAGUUCAAAGAUAUUGGUAAACAAUCAUGAAUAAAUCCAAAGUUAGGCCCUCAGCGAUAAUAAAAAUUGGAAUUAAUGAUUAUUUGUACUUCUCAGGUACGAUGUAGGAUGUCGAAAUGUGAAUAAGAAAUUCAUCAAACACUUAAAUCACCAACAAAUUGAGCAAACUCAUGAAUCACCAACAUUUUCAAUUUCCACCAUGUACUGGGUGAUGCAGACAAAACAUUUGAUUUAAGUGUAUUUCACUAAAUUCUUUUUUUCUGUAAAUCAUGGGAACUGUACAAUACUGUUUUAAAACAAGUUCAAGAAUUCCUCAGUGACCUCUCAUCAGGGUUAGUACAGACCUACUUCCAAUUUUCAGUCUUCACAAACAUGUCUACGCCCUCUUAUAAGAUAAGAGCUGAAAAGACACACAA